CACGCGUGGACAUUCUUUCGUUUCCUGAAAGCUUCCUUUUGCUGUUGGAUCGAAGCGUGUUUGAAGCCACGUGAAAAGUCAUGGACAAACCUGUCGUCCUAGCUCGUGUAAUCAAGGUUCUGGGCCGUACUGGGUCACAGGGACAAUGUACACAAGUCAAAGUCGAGUUCCUGGGUGAGCAAAAUCGACAAAUCAUCAGAAACGUCAAGGGUCCAGUCCGGGAAGGCGACCUCCUAACCCUCCUCGAGUCUGAGCGCGAAGCAAGAAGACUACGGUAGACCAGCAUUUACAUUUUCCACAAGACAACCAAAAUCGGUCACCAGCAGCGGGUAUCUAGAACUUCCUGGAAUAUGAAGACGACCUGAACCAUGAGUAAAGGACCACGAGGAUAAUGACUAGCUUCAACAUGAAUCUGUUCUGUACACAAGAUUCCUCACUACCGCAAUAAAUCCUUGCUGGUAACCACAAA